AUGCAGAGUUUAAGGGUUUUUAUAAGCGUGGCACUGUCAGUACAACUCAUCCAACUGGGAUAUGCUUGCGAAGGAGAGAACUGUGAUAACCACUCAAAUCACGAGAAGCAGAAUACACCCUUGGAAACUUUUAAUAUUUUGAAUAAUCUCAAUUCUGAGAAGAAGGACAAGCCUUCCAAUGUUUUGCCUUUCAUUGGGAUCACAGAUGCCAGCAAACUGACCAAACACUGCUGUCACAAUGGAGGAACGUGUUUCCUAGGGACCUUUUGUAUUUGUCCAAAGCACUUCACUGGAAGGCAUUGUGAAUAUGACACGAGAAUCAGGAACUGUGGUGCCCUUGGGCAUGGCGAGUGGUCUCAGGAAGGAUGUCAACUGUGCCGGUGCAUUUAUGGAACCAUGGACUGUUUUACGCAAACUGGAUGUGGUAAGAGAGCAUCAUUCCAUCAUUCCACACACACACACUAA